AUGACAGCCACCUUCUUUAAUCCCUCUAGGAGAAGAUCGAGCAGCAGUGAUGAUGACAAGGCCUACGCCGAAGUGCUGGCAGAUCUGGAAAAACCAGAAAACCGUUUCAUUCUACGUCCACCAAAUGAACUUCUCAAGGAGGUUGCCUCUGCCACGACCUCAGUACCCCUGAUUGGCGGCAAUGAUGACCAUCUGCCCGUAGAAGUCAGCCGAUACUUUGCUCACCUCGUGGCCAGAGCCCAGUUAGUGAUGGCUGCCUCGGUAAUCAUGCAGGCCAGUACCGAAGUCUCCCCGCUGGAGGAAAUAUCAGAGCUCAUCUACAAUGCGCUAACACAACUCAACAACGCCGUCUACCAUCUUAAGAAGGCCGGUGGUGCAAAACUUGACGAAAAAACGGCAGGCACCAUUGCCUCGGAGGUGAUGCGAGGAAACAUCAAUGAAGCCUAUCGAAUAAAAAUGAUCAUGGGCUCAAAGAUGGGUGGCCAUCUGGUACACUGCCUGCAAGUGGCCCAUGGUCGUCUACUUGACAAGAUUCUGCGCUAUGUUCUGAUGACUAACAACAAGGAACAUCUGAACAAUCUGCUGGGCGAGUAUCUGGACGCCUACCAGCAGAAGCCGCUGGAACAGGAGCUCAUCUACCGUUGGCUCACAUUUGCCACUCUGGCUUUCCGGCUGGCGCAUGAAGUGGGUAUCGCCGAGAGCAUCCCAGACCUCGUCAAGUCCUUCCAGAGUGCCAAAUUCUACCAUGAGGCCGGCAUUCCCUUUGCUGCAAAGCGGAUGCGCGCCAAAGACGGCGAAGAGGGUGGCUCGAGU